AUGCGCUUUAUGAUGGCUCAGAAAGAUUCCUUCGAGGAUACGGGUGAGAAUAAUCGCUUUAUCGCUUCGAAUAGUCCUUCAAAUCGCUCAGUUCAAAAUAUUGACGAGGAUAAUUUCUUCAGUUUAUUCCAAAACGAACUUUUCGAUUCUUUCAUUCCGCCAAAGCCUGCACGUUUCACAAAUACUGCCGCUCAACACUAUUUGGAUUGUGCAACACGUUUAGAGAAAUUUAUUAAACGCAGUAAUAUUAUUAGUAAAGCAUUAAAUUAUCACUAUAAUCAAGAUUUUGGCUUUAGAAUUUUUAUCGACGAAAAUAUAUCGGAGAGAAGUAUUAAUGAUGAAAUGGACUGGCGAGAAAUGAGCCAAGAGGAAAUCAAAGUGGCGCGAAAAAUAUGCUCGCUUUCAGCCUUGGAGCCGACUAAAGUCGAACUCUACAAUAUUAUGAGCUAUCCGACUUGUUCACUUAAUUGGUUCCAAUCGAAACAGCGAUGUGAUUCGGAAUUUUGCCAUUAUAAAAUUUACGAUGUUCAAGAUGAUAUUCCAUCGAAAAGCAAUUACCAAUCACAACUAAUAAAUUCGCGAAAAAAAAUUUUAUGCAUUCGACCGUUAUUUCUCUACGAUUAUUUAUUAGCCAAUAAACUUUUAUGUUUAUUUUUUUACAAAUAUAUUUUCCACUUCACUACUCUAUCGAAUUUGAAAAAAUUUGCCUUGUGGAAUGUGAUGGAGAGCGUUGUUGACGAUAGCGCUGAUGCACUCGCUUCUGGUGACAAUUUCCUUCAUGGCGAACAAUCUGAUUCCAUUAAUUUGGAACUGUCGGUCAAAGAUAUAAACGACUGUGGCGAGGAAUAUGAAGGAAGGUUCGAUCUGCUGAUGAACGUUUUUAAAACAUGCGAAAAUUUUCGUGAAAUCGAGGAAUUUUACGGAAAAAAAAUUGGUGAAUGCGUUCGGCACUCCUCGCCGGACCAAUGGGCAAAUGAUCCUCGCGAAAAACGCGCAAAUUUACUCAAACGAACGCGAUUGAUCGUUUUGAAUUUACCCGAAUUCGAUUCGAAUAUUGACGAUAUAAUUUUCGUUCAACAUUUAUGCGAUUAUUUUCUUAUAAAUACAAAAUGCGUUAUAAAUAUUUAUAGGCGUGAAAAAUUUAAAAAUGAAUUUAUUCCAGGUUAUCGAAUAUCAAAAAAGCAGCAACGACGAAAACGUCCUUCUCCUCCUCGUCCUCUCAUAAUUAAUUUCCUCGAUUCAUCGCUAUGCACAAAAAUAAUUGAAAAAACGAGAAGCCUUCGGCAAACGUGGAUAAAUCGCGAUAUUUUUUAUAAAAAUUCAAAAAAGCACUUUCGAAGAUUUUGCAGACUUUCACGAUUUGAGAAAUUUUUAAUAAAGAAAAAUUUGAUAUUCGAUAUGGAAGGCAGUAAAAAUUUAAGAAUUUCAACCGAAAUAACUGAUUACAAAUGGAAAAAAAUUUAA